AUGGGAACUACAGGAGUACUUCUUGUCACAAACUGUGUUGUCUUGUACCUCCUUCUGAUAGUGGCACUGAGUUCAGAAGAAUUCACAGUGACUGGAUUGUCUAGGCCAGUCUUGGCUUCAUUGGGUGGAACCCUUGAACUCAGUUGUCAAUUGUCUCCACCACAAAAUGCACAGCACAUGGAGAUUCGCUGGUUCAGGAACCAUUAUACGCAGCCAGUGCACCUGUACAGGGAUGGUAAAGACCUGCAUGGAGAAACUAUCUCCAUGUAUGUGGAGAGGACAGAACUCCUGAAAGAUGCCAUUGGAGAAGGGAAAGUGACCCUCACGAUCUUUAAUGUGACUAUUGAUGAUGAUGGACCAUACCACUGCAUCUUCAAAGAUGGUGAAUUCUAUGAAGAGCACAUCACAGAGGUCAAGGUCACAGUCACAAGCUCAGACAUACAGAUUCUUAUGCAUUCCCCUAAUACCAAAGGUGUGAUGUUGGAGUGUCAUUCGGGAGGUUGGUUCCCACAGCCUCGUAUGGAAUGGAGAGAUAGCAAAGGAGAAGUCAUUCCAGCAACAUCAAAAUCCCAUUCACAGGACAGAAACAAAUUGUUCAACAUGACAAUGGCCCUUUUUAUUGAAGCAAGUUCCCACAAGAAUGUUACUUGCUAUCUUCAAAACCAUCUAACUCACCAAGAAGAAAGCAUAAAUAUUGUUCUAUCAGGUGAACUAUUCUCAUGGAAAUGUGUUUGGAUGUGGAUUAUGACUAUGAUAGCAUCCGUUCUGAUAGCCUUCAUUGUGACUUACUGUGUUCAGCAAUAUCUCAUAUAUGGAACUUUUUGCAAAUCCCCAUGUAGAUUUUCUUAUUUGUUAAAGGGCUCAGUGCUACUCAUAACCUCAGUGCUUGCAAUUAUGGGAGUAAUGCUCAUUUUACAUCGAGAACAAAGAGUCACAGUUUCAGAUCCUCGUUUUGAAUUGGACACUUUGUGGUUAGAAGAUAUUAGUGUGAUCCUGUGUAUGCUGAUAGGGUACAUCAUCAAGCUUCUUUCAUUUAUUUACUUCAGACUAUAA